AUGGAAGAACAGCAGCCGGAACCUAAAAGUCAGCGCGACUCGGGCCUCGGCGCGGCGGCGGCAGUGGCGGCGGCGGCGGCCCCCGGCAGCCUCAGCCUGAGCCUCAGCCCCGGCGCCAGCGGCAGCAGCGGCAGCGAUGGAGACAGCGUGCCGGUGUCUCCGCAGCCCGCGCCCCCCUCGCCGCCCGCGGCGCCCUGCCUGCCGCCCCUGGCCCACCACCCGCAUCUCCCCCCGCACCCCCCGCCCCCGCCGCCGCCGCCGCCGCAGCAGCAGCAUCUCGCGGCGCCUGCUCACCAGCCGCAGCCCGCGGCCCAGCUGCACCGCACCACCAACUUUUUCAUCGACAACAUCCUGAGGCCGGACUUCGGCUGCAAAAAGGAGCAGCCGCCGCCGCAGCUCCUGGUGGCGGCGGCGGCGGCGGCCGGAGGAGGCGCAGGAGGAGGUCGGGUCGAGCGUGACAGAGGCCAGACCGGCGCAGGUAGAGACCCUGUCCACCCGCUGGGCACGAGGGCGCCAGGCGCCGCCUCACUCCUGUGCGCCCCGGACGCGAACUGUGGCCCACCCGACGGUUCCCCGCCAGCCACCUCCGGCGGAGCGGGUGCGUCCAAAGCUGGGAACCCGGCGGCGGCGGCGGCGGCGGCGGCGGCGGCGGCUGCGGCGGCCGUAGCAGCGGCAGCAGCAGCAGCAGCGGCCAAACCUUCGGACAGCGGCGGUGGCAGUGGAGGCGGCGUGGGGAGCCCGGGAGCGCAGGGUGCUAAGUACCCGGAGCACAGCAACCCGGCCAUCCUGCUAAUGGGCUCAGCCAACGGCGGGCCCGUAGUCAAAACUGACUCGCAGCAGCCCCUCGUGUGGCCCGCCUGGGUCUACUGCACGCGCUACUCGGAUCGUCCGUCCUCCGGUCCACGCACCAGAAAGCUAAAGAAGAAGAAGAACGAGAAGGAGGACAAGCGGCCGCGGACGGCGUUCACGGCCGAGCAGCUGCAGAGACUCAAGGCGGAGUUCCAGGCGAACCGCUACAUCACCGAGCAGCGGCGGCAGACCCUGGCCCAGGAGCUCAGCCUCAACGAGUCCCAGAUCAAGAUCUGGUUCCAGAACAAGCGCGCCAAGAUCAAGAAAGCCACGGGCAUCAAGAACGGCCUGGCGCUGCACCUCAUGGCGCAGGGACUAUACAACCACUCAACCACUACGGUCCAGGACAAAGACGAGAGCGAGUAGCCGCCGCCGGCAGGGGCCGCGCGGUCCGGCCGCCGCGCCCGCGCCCCCUCCUGGUACCGCCACCGCCGCCUUGCCGGCCCCACGCCCGGGGAGAAAUAAUCAGCGCAAAGGAGGAGGAAGGGAACAACAGGGAAAAGAGAGAGAAAGGGGUCCCCAGGACGGAGAGUCGCGUUGGAACGAGACAUUUUUCCAAAGGGAGAAAGACUUGGACAGGUGCUAUCGAAAAAUCAGAUCAGUUCUCUCUUCACAGUAUAAGGGACGAAACUGCGAACUCCUUAAAGCUCUAUCUAGCCAAACCGCUUACGACCUUGUAUAUAUUUAAUUUCAGGUAAGGAAAAGAAUUAUGUGUAGCGAUCUCUAUUUGCUGGACUUUUUAUUAAUCUCCUUUAUUAUUAUUGUUAUAAUUAUUAUAAUUAUUAUAAUUAUUUUAUCCCCCGCCUCCGCCUCGCUGCCCCCGGCCCAGUUUCGUUUUCUUUUGAAUGUUACUGCUUCUCCGGUGCCUCCCGCCCCGCAUCGCUGGCCCUCGUUUCUCUGGGACUUUUCUUUGUGUGCGUGAGAGUGUGCUUCCUCGCGUGUCUGCCCUUCUCCCGGCCCCCUCUGUCGGUCUGUCUGUCCUGCCCCCCACCCCUUUCGUUUUCCGGAGACUUGUUGAGAAAUACGACCCCACAGACUGCGAGACUGAACCGCCGCUACAAGCCAAAGAUUUUAUGAUGUUCAGAAACCUGUAGUCUGAAAUAAAGUGUACACUGUGCUCA